AUGCCGCCGAACAAAGAUGCUGGAUUGGCAGGAGAAACGGCGGCCAACCCACCACGUGUGCGCAAGGCGAAGGUGACGCCGCUGCCGCUGUCGCAGAUGAUUCCCAUGACGUUUGUGAUGGUGAACGAGAGCAUUUGCUCUACGAUGCUGAUGCCUUUCGUGGGACCAUUUGUCGCCUUUCUACGCGGGGUGCCCGUGAACGAGGCCGGUUACUUCUCAGGUAUGAUUGUCGGCAUGUUCAUGCUCGGGCAGGUUGUGAGCGCGAAGGCGUGGGGCCGCAUCAGCGACAAGUACGGUCGGCGCUUCCCCAUCAUCAGCGGCCUCUUCACGAGCGGGCUGAUGAUGCUUGGCUUUGGUCUCAGUACCAAUGUCUGGCUCCUUGUCGUCUUUCGCUUCUUCCACGGCCUGUUCAACGGCAACGUGCUCGUGGCGAAGACGAUGAUGGCGGACAUCACGGACAAGACGAACCAAGCCGGCGGCUUCUCCUUCAUGAGUCUGUGUAGUGCUUUUGGAUUUCUUAUAGGACCUACCCUUGGUGGUCUUCUCUACGAUCCCGCCCACUCGAAAGGGCUUGCAUGGGCCAAGGUUGACGAAAAGGGUUUCUUCGGCACACAUCCUGCGUUUCUUACCAGUUUAGUGGUCUUCAUCUACACGAACAUCGGCAUGCUUGUGUGCACGUUUCUUGUGAAGGAGUCCAACCAGCACGCGCAGCCUCUUCCUGGCUUUAUUCGGCUGGUGUACCCGUGCCUGUGGUACAAGUCGGAGCCUUUUGUGUUACCCCCCAUCCAGUACGAGGACGAGAGUGAGGAGGAAGAGACAGAUGAAAGGGGGGCCAGCGCAUCGGUCACCACCGUUGAGCCGACAAAGAAAACCGGCACCGCGUCCAGUUACCAAAGUGACGCGCGCAAGCACGAAGAUCUGCACGACAGCAGCGACUCGAUGACCAUUUCUGCCACUAGCAGCGGAGUUGUCGCCGUACCUUUCUCUCCCGUAGAGAAAGAAGACGACCGUCAGUGGGAAAAGGAGGAGCAGGAAACCCUCGCCGUUGCGGGCGCGGACCGCGACGAGCAAUCAACUGCGGAAGUUGAGAAGCUGCAACAUACGGAAGAGCAUGCAGGGGAGAAAGGGGGACCUGCGGGCUCCACGGUUGAGAGGACUGACACCGACCGUAGCGAUGACGUUCCCGUGCCAUCACUAGAAGAGCCAAAAGUCACACAUUUUGGCUACCGAGAAGCUUUCUCAUCUCCUUACACGCGGUUUAUGCUCAUUCAGUACAUGAUGCUGUGUGCUACGGAUAUGGCCGCGCGUGAGUGCUUCCCGCUCUGGGCCGUUGCCACGGCGGCGGCGGGUGGCCUUGGCAUGACCAUCAGCCAAGUGAGCUACAUUCUUCUGCUGAACAGCGCCCCUUACUUUGUAGCGAACAUCUUCUUCCGUAUCUUUGAGCGCAAGUACCACAACAAGAUGGGCCUCUUUCGUCUUGGCAUGCUCAUCGCUGGCACUGCCGUGCUGCUGCUACCGUUCAACUCGUACGUUGACUCGACCGUGCUGGUGUACGUUCUCGUGUUCCUGUGCACGGCCGUUCGACAGAUGUUUGUGUCGUGGUGUUACAGCCUCAACACGAUGUUGACGGCGCGCGCGGCCCCUCCCGGUCACGUGGGCUCGAUCAUGGGCAUCAACCAGUCGUGCAACGCCUCUGUGCGCGGAUUGACGCCGUUUAUCGCUGCGCCGCUCUUCGCCUGGUCUAUCUCGGGUGAUCACAUCUUCCCUUUCGAUCACGCUUUUAUCUUCUUGCUUUCUGCGGCCGUAUUCUACGUUGGCUGGUGGCGCUCCUACAGCAUUCGCACGGACAUGGAUGGCAACCUGCAGAUGGUUCAGUAA